UCUCAGACUCAGCUCCAAAAGGCAACCAUGAGAUUAAUCUGGGGCUUGUUAUUGCUUGUCAUUUUACAUACCCAAGAUUUUCCUGGGAAAUCAAGUGCUCUAGAUUAUCAGAAUACGACAAUUCAUCCUGGAUUUCCUAAAAAUGCCAGCACAAAUGAUCCUGAAGUAAAAAAAGCUACAAGGUUUGCCGUCUAUGCUUAUAACAACAAGUCUAAUGAUAGUUUCCUGUUCAAAGAAAUGGAAAUACAAAAAGCUAUGAUACAGCUUGUUAAAGGUAUAAAGUACAUGAUCAAGACUGAAAUUGGAAGAACUGUUUGUAAGAAGAAAGAACAAAACAACCUGGAUAAAUGUGAAUUCCAGGAAGACAAACCUCUUAAACAGGAAUUUACAUGCUAUUUUGAAGUGUGGGUUAUUCCUUGGCAACACAUCGUGAAUGUCCCUGUACUGCAGUGUUACUGAACUCAUUGAAGAAAUGGAAACAGAAUUAGUUUUUUAUUUUAAAAGAUGAUACCACUUGUAUGUUUCAGUAAAAAAUAUAAAUACUGUAUAUAUGUUAUGUACAGGUAAACUGACUACAAUAAAUAAAACUAUAUGAAGAAGA